AUGAAGUUCUCCCUGGCGAUUAUUAGCACCACGCUUCUUGCGACUGCUGCUUUUGCUGCACCUCUGACUGCUAAGCGUCAAGCCCGCUAUGAAGCCCGGCGUUUGGCUCGCGCAGAGUCCGGUGUGACAGAGCAUCAUGGCAACCCUCCGUAUAAGCCCGAUAGCCACGAGGUUCUGCAUCUCAAUGAGACCGCCCACGUGGAGUACAGCUCCAACUGGGCUGGCGCCGUUCUAAUUGGCUCCGGUUAUACUGCAGUCACUGGCCAAUUCACGGUCCCCACCCCCAAGGUACCCAGUGGCAGCAGUAGCAGUGGAACAUACUCCGCCUCUGCUUGGGUCGGUAUUGACGGCGACACCUGGGGCAACGCCAUCCUACAGACUGGUAUCGACUUCACUAUCACCAAUGGCAAGGUUAGCUACGAUGCCUGGUACGAGUGGUACCCCGAUUACGCCUACGACUUCACUGGCAUUGCGAUCUCUGCUGGAGAUGUCAUCAAGGUCACCGUGACUGCUGCUUCCAAGUCCUCCGGUACUGCGGUUAUCGAGAAUGUUACCACUGGCAAGACUGUCUCCCACACAUUCUCCUCUGGCAGCACCCAGGGUAGCCUUGGCGAGGUUAAUGCUGAGUGGAUUGUUGAGGACUUUGAGUCUGGUGGCUCUCUCGUGAACUUUGCCAACUUUGGCACUGUCACAUUUACUGGGGCCCAGGCGACCGAUAGUGGCUCCACGGUUGGACCUUCUGGUGCUACUCUCAUCGACAUCAAGCAGAACAACAAAGUUCUCACCUCUAGCUCCGUCACCUCCAACAGUGUCACAGUGAGCUACGUCUAG